GUGCAUGCAUCAUUGUAACAUCCGCAGCGAUUUCUCACCUCUGCAUCGCGGUGGACGGCUCGUCUGAACGGUGAAUGGAAACAGGGAGCACGAGGAUGGAAUGUCCCACAUUGUCUUGCUUCAUGUAGCGCCUUUGACGCAGCCCCGGAGUCGCGCGGUUCGAGAUGCGCUGAUGGCUGACCCUUUGCAGUUCUGUGUUCCCAUCGACUUCAGCCUAAGGCAACGUCCUGCGCGCUUCUCCGCAUCACCAUCAACCAUCCUUCUCAACGGAUUUGCCCUCCUUCGACCAGCAUUCGUUCGUCAUGGUCCUACAUCCCACUUCCGCUUCCCGCACUAUGACUCAUGGCGACUCUAUUAUGGGCCUGUGAUGUGCAAACGGCAGCGGCUUCCUGCAUAAAGCACCGACUAAAUGGCCGGGCAGUCGCAUCAGAACGUGUUUGUUACAGCAGUGUACGACCUGAGAACUCGUUUCGUCCUCCACAAUGACCUUGCUCGUGUUCUGGGCACCGGCUUCUU